AUGUCCUGCGCAAUCGAGUCGGUCCAACAUGUCGCUCACGGGAGCUUUCCCUCGACCUCUCAGUCCAUCAGGAGCAGAGAAUUCCGCCACCGAUCGGUGCCCUUGCUCGGUCGAUCGCGUGACCUGCCGCUGGAGUCGGCGCGGCUAUAUGGGAGCCCCCGAUAUUUGUCCGUGAUCCAUACGCAGAGAAAGGCUCGGGUUUGCAGGGAAGGGGUCGACGUCUGGGGCGGCGGGGUGUUCGGGAACGGUCGACGGCGGGAGGAGAGGCAGAGCCGAGUCCGGGCCGCCGACAGCCCCCGCGAGCAGGACAGCGGUGGCGGCGACCCCACGGUCGCCUCCGGAGAAAAGAGUGGGGAGGCUCCACCAACGGAGGGCGGCGUCAGCCCACCCACAUCUCCUUCUGGAUCAUCGUCGUCUUCAACCUCAUCGUCUUCCAGAGGAGAAAAAACGUGGAAAGGUGGGUGGUGGAAGAGGGGGAAAUGGCAGUGGCAGCCCAUCAUACAGGUGCAGGAGAUCGGGGUCCUAUUGCUGCAGCUUGGUAUCGUGAUGUUUGCGAUGAGACUGCUGCGGCCGGGUUUCCCAUUGCCGGGCUCUGGGCCUCGGGUGCCGAUAGCAUAUGUGAGUGUUCCGUUCAGCGAUUUCUUGAGCAAGAUCAACAACAAUCAGGUGAAAAAAGUUGAGGUAGAUGGUGUUCAUAUCAUGUUCCGUCUAAGGUCAGAUGAGCUCGUAGCCGAUAAGGAUCCCACCGGGAGCCUAAACGUGCAAGAAACAGAGGCAUUGCUCAGGAAUGUGGCUCCCACUAAGAGAGUUGUGUACUCAACUACCCGCCCUGCGGAUAUAAAGACUCCAUACGAGAAGAUGCUUGAGAAUGAUGUCGAAUUUGGAUCACCGGACAAGCGUUCUGGGGGAUUUUUCAACUCUGCCUUGGUAAUUCCAUUUAGUUUUGAUCUAAAGAUAGGACAUCUAAUGGAUGGUCUCAAUAUUUUCGUGAUGGUAUUGGAAGUUUGGAAUAAUUCUUCAUCAUAUCUUUGUUAUAUUCGUCGCUCAUCUGUUUUGUUUAAUAUUCUCGUAUUUCUUUCUUACGCAUUAGAGGAUACAAACCAGGACUUUUCUUUGUGCCUCUGGCUUCAACUGCUCUGAUCAUCUGUUACCCAUCCAAUUACUGAUCCGACGGAAUAUCAGGAAGCUGGUGGCAAUGUGGGUAAAUAACUUUUGGGUGUUUUUUUGGAAAGUUGAAGCUAAAAUACGUCCCAGGAGGCUGUCAGCCUAUUUUAAGGAGGUCAAUACGCCGAAAACCAAUGUGAACUGGUGUUUCAUAACCAGAGAAAUUCUUGUGUCCGAAGGAUCUACUGAUAUCGAUUUUAAUAGAUUUACGUCCUUGAUGUGGCUAAAACACAUAGCUAAACGGUGGAACCCAUCCUUUGAGAGUGGGUUGAAAGAGAAUACUAUGAGAUAAGGUGAAUUUAACGAGGUUGUAUUGAUUUACUUCGAUUACGUUUUUCAUUCUCUCUCAAGUUGAUUUCAUUUACAAAAAAAAUAAAAAAAAUAAAAAAAAUCCAUGCCUUUUUUCUUCUUUUUUUAUACUUUUGAGUUCAAAACAUGACGUGUUCUUAACCUUAUUUUAAUAUUCAAUGCCUCUUCUCAAGUAUCUCCGUUAUUCCCUAUGUCUGGAAAGGUGGUGCAAUGUCUGAAGUUGUUGUUGCUUUAUGGAGGUCUUGUGCCUCACAUUGGAUCGUUUCUCAGUUCGCAAGAAUCAGAUCUGUUUUUCUUUGCCAUGCCGCCAUGUGCCUUCUGCUUGGUAGAGAACAUAGAAAUCUUCCCAUGUAGUCUUUUUGGUAUUGAACAUAGGAUGUACAUUUUUGUUGCAUUAUCAAGUUUGUUCAUGUCAUUGAUUCAUCAGCUUAAAUAAUUUCUCCUCAUAUGUAUCCAUACAAACUAUCUGAUACCUCCUGUGUAUCAUGGUUGUGUAUUCCUAUUUUUCACUUUAUCAAUCGCUUAAUUUUUAGCAUAAUCUUUCGUUUACGUUUCACAGGAUCUACUUUCUUGGAGUGUCUAUCCGUUGGCUUUCAUUUCAGAGCUCCAAUAAUUUAUAGAUUAAGUUGUUUUGAAGGAAAAAAAAAUCUACGUCUAAUGGUUGGGAAAUUGAGUUUGAUGCCAUUCUUCUUACCUUACACAUCUAUGUUGGACAUGUCACAUGCAAUAUGCUUGUGUAUUUCUGGCAUUAUGACUAUAUUCCUUACAUGUAAAAUUGCAUCUAUCAACGAAGCAUUAUUCUAAAAUUUCACAUUUCUUUGCAAAUUUUCCUUCGGAUUUAUUUCAUGCUGUAGAGAAGUAAAGUUAUGGUCUUUGUCAUGAACGAAACAAAAGUUACCUCAACGGUGCUCGCCCUUGUGAUAAUGGGAUAUUUAUAGAUCAACAAACUGAUUUCGUUGGGCAUUGUGGAAGCCAACUGUGGUGCUUAUCAAAUCCCACAGAGCUGUAGCUACACAUGAGUUUUGCCCAUCAUUUGUCAAUGUGUGUUUCUUUUUUUACUAGGACUAGUCAGGGCAUCUUUUAGUGUUUAUUGAUGUUCUACAGGAUUCACUUUCAUCAUUUGAUGUUCUAUUGAGUAUGAACCUCUCAUCGUGUAUAUUUUCUGCAUUUUCCGUCAGGUUGCCAUUUUCUACGUUGCAUUGCUUGCAGGGCUGCUUCACCGUUUCCCUAUAAGCUUUUCCCAGGUAUUGUGAAGCUCAAAAGUAUUCCCGAGUACUACCAUACAUUUCAUAUGCGUUGGUAUUCCUAAAAUUUCCGUGAAUUAUGCUUACUGUUGGAGAAAGCUUUUAACAUGCAUGCUUAUUCUUUUCCAGCACACAACUGGUCAGUUGCGGAAUCGCAAAUCUUCUGCUGUGGGGGGCACAAAAUCGUCAAAGCUAUCUGAUAUCAUCACCUUCUCUGAUGUGGCUGGUGUUGAUGAGGCAAAGGAGGAACUAGAAGAAAUUGUGGUAUGGUUGAUUCUGCUCCUAAGACAAAUAUCAGUGUUCCUUUGUUUUUUUAUAUUUCAUUGGUACGAAACCGAGGCGGGGGAAACUUUUGUUCACUUGGUCUUAUCUAAUGCCCAGGAAUUCCUUCGGAAUCCGGACAGGUAUCUGCGCCUUGGUGCUCGGCCUCCUCGAGGGGUUCUUCUGGUGCGUUUCCCAAUGAGACUAGGGGAUUUGUUUUUUCUUCUCUGAUCUCGACCGCGGGCAGAGGGCUGAAGUAUUUACUGCUUGAUAUCUCAGGUUGGCCUUCCAGGGACGGGUAAGACCCUCCUAGCAAAAGCUGUGGCCGGAGAAGCUGAAGUUCCUUUUAUAAGUUGUUCAGCAAGUGAAUUUGUGGAGCUUUACGUUGGUAUGGGUGCUUCCAGAGUUCGAGAUCUCUUUGCAAGGGCCAAAAAAGAGGCCCCCUCAAUUAUUUUCAUUGAUGAGGUUGGAAGCACGUCUGCAUUUUUCAUAUGAUAUGAUUUUCCACUACGGCGUUCUUCAUGGACCCAUCUUAUGUAAAUUCCUUCAACUGCCACGUUAUCUUCCCCCCUUCAGAUAGAUGCGGUGGCAAAGAGCCGUGAUGGCCGAUUUCGCAUCGUUAGCAAUGAUGAGCGUGAGCAGACGCUCAACCAGUUGCUCACUGUGAGAUGAAUCUGCCUGAAUCCUUGAAUCCCCUGCUCUUGUUGCCCCUUUUGUUCGAUACUAAAUUCUAUGGAACUCAAUUCAAUCGUCAGGAGAUGGAUGGGUUCGACAGUAAUUCCGCUGUCAUUGUCCUCGGAGCAACCAAUCGUGCAGAUGUUUUAGAUCCUGCACUUCGUCGUCCGGGGAGAUUCGACCGCGUGGUUAUGGUUUGUGUUUCUGUUCCAGCUCGAAGAACGCAGAUGCCUUAGCCUUGCUGUGCCGGAAGUAAAUGGUUCUUCUGGUCCAAUAACUUGAGUAUUUUCGGUGGAAUAGGUGGAAACUCCUGAUAGGCUCGGAAGAGAGGCCAUUCUCAAUGUUCAUGUUUCCAAAAAGGAACUUCCUCUGGGAGAAGAUGUCAAUCUCAGUGAAAUUGCUUCCAUGACGACUGGCUUCACUGGGUGCGUGGCCAUCUUUUUGUCGUCGCCGUGACUGUCAACCUGAAAUACUCAGUUAUAUUUCUCUUAACUUAUGCAGAGCAGACCUAGCAAACUUGGUCAAUGAAGCUGCUUUGUUGGCGGGAAGAGUGAACAAGUUCGUCGUGGAGAAGGUUGACUUCAUCCAUGCUGUGGAACGGUCCCUAGCUGUAAGCACCCCUCUCACCGCACUACCCAGUGUAUGUCAGUGUAUGUCAGUGUAUGCCGAUUUCGAGGAAGAAUGAUGCACUGUUGUUCUUCAGCUGAACUUGUGGGGUUCAUUUUCUUAUUUUUAUAGUAUAUCUUAUGCCAAGUCAGACCCAGAAUCACACGCAUUCCGGCAUUGAUUCAUGGACUUGAUGCGAACUCUGGGGGACUUACCUUUGCAGAGAUGCUGUUCAUUCAUCUGGUUACAGAAACAGUAUCUAAGAUCCCAACUGGGCUUGCUUUUUUUGUCGUGAUUCUGAGAACAGGGUCUCUAAUUGUUGAUUGCUAGUGUCAUCGGCAUUGUCGCUGCUUUUUCAGACCUAUGGAAUCAUUCUCCUGCUGUCUGGAUCUCUCAUUAUGGCAGAAGGAUAUGAUUUUCCAUGCAAUGAGGGGGGGUCUCGGGAAUCUCCACAGCCCAGCAUCUGAAUCAUCUUACAAUCUUAAAAUAUGUCUUCAGUUUAUUAUUUUAAUCUUCUAAAGUAGCAUAUCUCUGCCCCUGUGUGCUUCAUUCUCUGAGAGGAGAAUCAUAGCUCCCGUGUUCUUUCAGGGCAUAGAGAAGAAGAACGCGAAGCUGCAGGGGAAUGAGAAGGCCGUCGUCGCCCGCCACGAGGCGGGCCACGCCGUCGUCGGAACUGCCGUGGCAAAACUGCUCCCCGGACAGCCCCGUGUCGAGGUAAGGAUCCCAGCUUCUACGAUCAGUCCUCAAUGCUCAUCACAAUUUAUUUAAAAAGUCUUAUUUCCUCCAUUCUGUUCAGAAAUUGAGCAUAUUGCCUAGAUCGGGGGGGGCCCUGGGAUUCACCUACACACCCCCAACAACCGAGGACAGAUACUUGCUCUUCGUGGAUGAAUUGCGCGGGCGCUUAGUGACACUUUUGGGUGGCCGGGCGGCCGAAGAGGUCGUCUAUUCAGGUCGCGUGUCGACAGGAGCUCUGGACGACAUCAAGAGGGCCACGGACAUAGCUUACAAGGCUGUAGCCGAAUACGGGCUCAGCCAGAACAUUGGGCCGAUUUCUCUGGCGACCAUCUCUGGCGGCGGAUUGGAUGAGUCCGGUGGAGCAGGCCCGUGGGGAAGGGAUCAGGUUCGCCUCCAGAUUAUUUGAUUCCGCUCUUGGAAGCCUCUGCUGGUAGAUAAUCUUGGUGCUGUAAUAAUGUCGGAGCGGGUUGACCCAGAUUCAGUGGUGUUUCAGGGGCAUCUAGUGGACUUGGUGCAGGGAGAUGUGAGGGCGUUGCUGCAGUCGGCGCUCGAGGUGGCGCUCGAGGUGGUGCGGGCCAAUCCCACAGUGCUGGAGGGUCUCGGCGCCCACUUGGAAGGUAAGAGGCCAUCUUCUCUCCUCUUAUACAUUCCCUGAUUUUUUGCUGAAAUGGGUUCCUUUUAAAUUACAUCUGAGAUUCGGCUGAAUGGAGUCGCAGCUGAAAGAACCCAUGGUAGAGAGAGAGAGAGAGAGUCAAACCCGGCUUCUGUUUUCUUCAAGACUGGAUUAUGAGCUCCGGGUCCUGGAAGGAACGGGACCGACCCGCUGAUGGACACCUCUAAGAUUAGAUUUCUGUGUUCCUUUUCUACAGAGAAGGAGAAGGUGGAAGGCGAGGAGCUGCAAGAGUGGCUGAAGCUGGUCGUCGCCCCUGCAGAGCUGACCCUCUUUGUGAAGGGUACCCCCCAUGAGAACCUCAUCAGGUUUGACUCAGGCCCUUAG